CAUGAUACUUGCAUUUUUCUCAAGCUUCAAAGCGCGGCUGCAAAGUUUGCUGUUCGGCAAGUUAACCGCAGGUUUGCUAAGUCAAUGAACAGGAAUGCGAACUACAACAUCCGCGAAAGAAUGGCAAACCGGUUUGAGGUAGAUCAGCGUGCAGCACUUUUUGGUAGCCGAUUUCCAGGCAAAGGUGCGCAAAAGCCAAAAGAUGACAUGUAUGCAGCGACAUCAAGGGAGAUGAUGGAGCGUCAGAAUGAUGCAGCUAUCGAGGACCUUGAGGACAAGGUUGGGCAGCUGAAGGACAUCACAAGGAGCAUUGGGUCAUCCAUCAAAGAUUCGAACAGCUUGCUGGACCAGAUGGGAAUCGACUUCGACAAGGCGGCGAGCCUUUUGAAGGGCACCCUCGGUCAUCUCAAGGGCAUGAUGGCCAACAAGAGUAGCAAGCACAUGAUCUACAUGGUGCUUUUUGUUUUGUGCCUCUUCAUGCUGAUGUACUUCCUCAGGAAGCUAAGCUUCGGGUCUGGAGGCGCCACUUCAAUCCAGUUGAAGGAGAAUGCGUCUCAAGGAAACUGA